UCAGUAACUCACUGAUUUCAAGCUCACAAACAUUAGCAACUACUUCUCUUUUAUUAGCUAGCUAACUUUGCAAUGGCAACUGCAUCAAUGGCUCUCUCUUCGCCAUCAUUCGCUGGAAAGGCGGUGCAAGUAUCUCCAUCUUCAUCAGAGCUCUUUGGAAAUGGAAGAGUUUCCAUGAGGAAGACUGUCAAGGCACCAGUUUCUAACAGCCCAUGGUACGGCCCUGACCGUGUCAAGUACUUAGGCCCAUUCUCAGGUGAAGCUCCUUCUUACCUUACUGGUGAAUUCCCAGGUGACUAUGGUUGGGACACUGCUGGCCUUUCUGCUGAUCCCGAGACCUUUGCCAAGAACCGUGAGCUUGAAGUCAUUCACUCCAGAUGGGCCAUGCUUGGAGCUCUUGGCUGCGUAUUCCCUGAGCUCUUGGCCCGUAAUGGUGUCAAGUUCGGAGAAGCUGUGUGGUUCAAGGCUGGCUCACAAAUCUUCAGUGAAGGCGGACUUGACUACUUGGGCAACCCAAGCUUGGUCCAUGCACAAAGCAUCUUGGCCAUCUGGGCUACCCAAGUCAUCCUGAUGGGCGCUGUUGAGGGCUACCGUGUUGCUGGUGGACCACUUGGUGAAAUUGUAGACCCGCUAUACCCGGGAGGAAGUUUCGACCCAUUAGGCCUUGCGGAGGAUCCAGAGGCAUUUGCUGAGCUUAAGGUGAAGGAGCUGAAGAAUGGAAGACUCGCCAUGUUCUCUAUGUUCGGGUUCUUUGUUCAGGCUAUUGUCACCGGGAAAGGCCCAUUGGAAAACCUUGCUGACCACUUGGCAGACCCUGUAAACAACAAUGCCUGGGCCUUCGCCACCAACUUUGUCCCCGGAAAGUGAAUCUGAGUACUGAUUUUGAAUUUUCAUUUUUUUUUCUCUGUUCUGUUUGAGUAGUGCAUAAUAUUGCUAUCCAAGUAGUGUAAUUUAUUAAUGAAAAGUGUAAAUUUGAUCCUACUAAAACUCUCCUGGAGUAGUGGAAUGUCUAUACUUGUAGUUUCUUCUCUUCA